AUGUCAAAGCGCAAAAGCAAACCAACAACAGUAGAGGAACUGGAGAUAGAAAUGGAAGCAGCCGCUGCUGCAGUAGUGAGUGCCGCUGAAGAUGUAGAGGUUACACUUCCAGAUACGCAGAAAACCGCGGACACCAGCCCAAGCAUCGAGGAGAAAAGGGCUGCUCUGAUAGUCAUGUCGGAGGAUGGUGAGCUGGAAAAGUCUGUGGAGCUUAUCAGAAAGGCAAACAGAAAGACAAUAAAUAAAAUUUAUCAGGAGUGUGAGAGAAGGAGAAAAAGGAAGGCGGAUGAAUUUCUGACUGAUCUGAUAAUAUCAAAGUUAGCUUGCCUUCUUGGUGGGCUCAACGCCAUUUCAGAUAGCGAAGAAAUUAGUAAGGAACUAAUGAGUGACGAGCUGCUUAGGGGAGAUGUCUGUCGUGCAGUCGAGAUGAUCACACCAUAUGUUCCGUUUCUUGGUAUCCUAUCAGGUGGGAUAACAACAGCAAAACACAUAGCCGACCGCUCCCAAGAAAUUGCAUUUUUUUACGUUUGUAUGUUAACAACUUUAAUUCGGUAACAGCCAAAUAAGACUAGACACGAACGGGACGGUGUCCCAUGCUAGGUGUCAGCCCAAUAUAUAUACAGGGUGUAUAAAAAAAAUGCACAGAUUUGAAAUUGCUCUUUUAAGAGCAAAAAAAAUUUAAAAUUCGCAAAACAGCUAUUAGUAUCCAGUUUUUGAUGUAUAUAUAGCGUUUUUGGGUACUUAUAAUGUAGAAAAAUGGAAAAAAUUUCUCGAACUCAAAUUUUGUAAAGCAGGGGGAGUGUCUUUUCCAACAAACUAAAAAUGGCUUGCGCACGACAUUUAAAAGCUUUAAUCAUAUUUUGAGUUGAUAGAUGGAACAUUUGUUGGAUUUUUAAUUACUGUCCAAAAUUUCAGACAAUUUGCUUUAGUUUUCUCUAAAAAAAUAGCCUUUCGCAUGCUUAAUUAAUGCCUUUACCUAAUUUGCAUAUUGCUGACAUAUGCAAAUUAGGCAAAGGCAUUGAUUACCAUGCAAAUGGUUGAUUUUUUAAGAAAAAAUGUAAGUUUGCGUGAAUGGUUAAAGGGCGUAAACUGAAGCAAAUUGUCUGAAAUUUUGUACAGUAAUUAAAUACCCAACACAAUUUCCAUCUGUUAACUUAAAAAAUGAUUAAAGCUUUUAAAUUUCGUGCGCAAGCCAUUUUUAGUUUGUUGGAAAAGACACACAUUAGAGUUCGAGAAAUUUUUUCCAUUUUUCUACAUUAUAAGUACCCAAAGAAGCUAUAUACAUAAAAAACUGGACACUAAUAGCUGUUUUGCGAAUUUAAGAGCAAAUUUCAAAUCUGUGCAGUUUUUUUUAUACACCCUGUAUAUAUAUAUAUAUAUAUAUAUAUAUAUAUAUAUAUAUAUAUAUAUAUAUAUAUAUAUAUAUAUAUAUAUAUAUAUAUAUAUAUAUAUAUAAAUCGCCAUAUUGUAAAUAGAUAAAAACGAAUAAAAACUAAAAGUCACGUCCAAACUCGGGUACAAUGCCUUCACAUCACAUACUCUAAGGCAUUGUACCCGAGUUUGGACGUGACUUUUACAGUCGAAAAAGUAUGUGAGAUUUUCUACUCUAGUAGUGUAAAAGUAAUUGGUAUAGAUACUGAAGAACUAGGACUGUAUUUGGCAUUGAACAAAACUGAGGCUGAAUUGGCUGACCUUGACAUACUGUGUUUUUGUCCGACACGUAAGACGAAUAGAGGUAGGCCACCAACUAUUACAGGAUGUGCAAUAGAUAACAACAAAAAUAAAAGGUUUGGACAAUGGCUACCAGCCUACCACCAAAGGAAGAACCACGAGCAAACAACCCGUAGAAUGUUUACUAUAGCUAUGAAAGUAACCCUCUUAUUUGUCAUAGAGAACCACAUGUAUACCUUUGACAACGAGAUAAAGCUGCAGUCCAGGGGUGGCCCCAUUGGUCUCCAACUAACUGGAGUCCUUGCACAAUUAUUCAUGGUAUGGUGGGAUAGAGAGUUUGAACACAAGAUGAAAGAGAUUGGACUGAGGUUAUGGUUGUACAAACGUUAUGUGGACGAUAUAAAUUCUAUCAUGAGUGUUCCCAAAAUGGGGUUGAGAUUUGAUGGUAGUAAUCUGGUCGAAGAUGAAGUUGCUGGCGAAGAGGAUAGGUUGAUAGAGCCGGAUGAAAGAGCGAUGCAUUUGUUCAAAUCCGUUGCAGACAGCAUCCAUACAUCUAUUGAGAUGGAGAUUGAUUGUCCGUCGCGCCAUGAUGACCACAAACCUCCCAUACUUGAUUUAAAGGUUUGGAUAGAGGAGAGGAAAUUGAAGGACAACUGAAGGAAAAGAUUGUAUUACAUGAGUUUUACUCCAAGGAAGUAGCAUCCAAAUCUGUCGUUAAUGCAAGAUCAGCGUGGUCGUGGAGUAGUAAGAGAACAAUACUUACACAAGAGGUGUUGAGAAUCCUGCUAAAUUGUAGCACAGAGUUACCAUGGGAGGUGGUUGUUGGCCAUGUGAACCAUAUGAUGAUGCGCCUACAAUGUUCUGGCUAUAAUGCGAAAUUUCGAAUGGAGGUAGUAAACUCUGCUUUAAAAGCAUAUGAUAACAUCCGGAGACUAGAUGCAUGUGGUGAGAAACCUAUGUAUAGACCCAGACAAUGGCGACGAGUAGACCGAGCUCAAGAAAAACGAAAGAAACGAGAUACCUGGUAUAAGAAAGGAGGAUACGAAAGCGUUAUUUUUGUACCAGCAACACCAAAAUCGGUCCUUAAACAACGAUACGAAAGAGAAGUUAGACGUAUUGGACUCAACAUUGAGAUUGUCGAACAAUCAGGUGUAACCCUCAAACGACAGUUACAACGGUCAAACCCUUUCAAAGAAAAACUGUGUCAAAGACAAGAAUGUCUGAUCUGUCAGAGUGGGGGGAAAGGAGAAUGUAAUGCAACAGGAGUCACCUACGAAUUAGUUUGCCAAGAGUGUAAAGAUAAAUAUAUAGGAGAAACUUCAAGAAAUGCAUAUAGCCGUGGUAAAGAACACUUACAUUCCUUGAACCGCCGUGAAGAACAAUCUGUUAUGUGGAGACACGCUUGUGAAAAACAUGGAGGUGAUAUACCAUCCUUUGUUAUGAAUGUUACUGGUAUUUUCCGUGAUGAUGCGAUGCUGAGACAAAUCACGGAAGCAGUACUUAUUGGCAAAGUAAAGCACAACAAAUUAAUAAACACGAAGAAUGAGUAG